GAGCGAGCCCGAGUGUGUGUGUUCGUGUUUUUGUGUGUGUGUGUGCGCGCGCGCGUCCCCGUUGGUUGGACUCAGGUUUACGCGACAGAGGAGAGGACCGGAGCACACUGACGCGAGCGACGCAACUUGAGACUAUUCGGCCAAGAUCUCCCGUCUAAGGGCAGCAGGCGCCGGAGAGUCAUCGUUGAAGGAGACUGAGGUGUGCGAGUGAUGUUCACGGUGUUCAACUCUCUUGCGAAAGCCGAAUGAGGAUCGCUGCGGGAGGAUUGGAAUCAAACAAAACGAAUCAGCACACCCGGAGAGACAGACGGACAUAUUCGGUAGUGUAGGAAAAUACAGGUGACUGAUACCUAGUGAAGGGCAUAGAUUGAAGGACUGACAGGUGGGGCAUGAGAACCGAGAAAGUGGAAGAGAGAAUGAAGACAGCUGGAAAACAAGGCCUGCCUCACAAUAAAGCCUGCUCCAAUUAGGACCUCUCGCGACGAGACAAGAUGAUGACAAGAAAUCUGCUCCUAUUGGUUUCCUUCUGCCUGUGGGACGGGCUGUGGGGCGGGGCCUUGCUCAGCAAGGUUGUGCGAGUGAGAGGAGGAGGCGGCCCGCAUAUGAUGAAAAUAGAGGAGAGCAGAGCUCCGGACCAAUGGGAGGGAAGCCUGGACGCCAAUGCAAUGCCUGUAGUGACUCUCAGGAACCUGAUAAGUCACGCACAGGCGGGUGACGGCGGAGCUCUCGCUCGCAACAAAGCGCUGCCCAAUCACGGCACUCCAUCGGCUGCCAUCAAGGAGAGGCUGGCUGUCAAGCCCAAGCGUGAGGUCGAGUCUGUCAACAAGAAGCAGGUGACCCUGCGCAGGGAUUUAAGUCAGGAUUUCAAGAAAAUGAAGAACAAUACUAAGAAUGUUGAGACGAAGAUAGGAAAAGCAAUCCCAUCGCACCGUAAGCUUGAUUUACAUUCCAAUAAAACCCGCAUCAGAUUAAGUUCAAAAGCCAAAAGCAGACCUGAGUUGAGUGUUUACGCAACAGGAGUGCCAGGAAAGGGCGGAAGCAUCGAAUCAAACCACAAACUGAACCUCAGUGGAAGUUACGAGGUUCUGAAAGUGCUGUCAAAAGAGAACCUGGUGAGAAUAGUCAAUUCCCAAAUGCAGAAUGUUCCCAUUCUGAACUUUCCCGGCAAGGGUAGCCGGAGCCGAAAGAGAGAUUUGAUUGACGUUAACCACAGACAAUUAGAGGCGCCGAAAUCGUCAAGACAAGAGUCGUCCAUCACUCAGUCACACGCUGUUUUUGAUAAUCAGACUGCAAUCCCGUAUCUAAAUCCCAUCAGCACUCCGGAUCUUAAUCGGGACCAGAGCUCUGACACUCAUGUUAAUCCGAUGGCGAAUGCCGCAGGUCUCAGUAAAGGGCAAGAUGUUUUGGCGCUACAAUCUUCAGACGAUGGCGACAGCAAGAACCAACGUACCCCAAUAGUAUCAACACCUCUUGAAAAAAUAAACCUCAGCUUGGACAAAGAGACGUCGGUCAACCAAACAGAAUCCCCUCUUCAAUUGACAAAACGUCUCCCGCUGCAUGUUCCCUCCCAAACAAACGGCCCCACUCCAUCUGCGCUGACAAUGCAACCCCAGGGAAUGCGACCUGGAAACAGAACAGCAGAUUCCCACAGAGACCUAUUAGCAGAGUCGGCUCACGCUGCUCAAACGGAGCUCAGCACGUUUCGCUACUCGCUAGAUGAAGACAGAAAUCUUGUCAACGGCAGCCAUGUCCUGAGGCUCCAUCCGGCUCCGGAAUGGAGCCACUCAGCCAAAGGUGCCGGGGUGCAGGUGCACCACCCGCACAAUGACAGCGGCCUCGUGUUUGAGGAAGCGGAGUCGGAGGACGAGGCUGGCGAUCCCUCCGAAGACAAGAGGUCACGCUCUCGCAGCAGGAGAAGCUGGAUCUGGAACCAGUUCUUUGUGAUUGAAGAAUACGCUGGACCUGAACCCGUGCUCAUUGGCCGGCUCCACACCGACAUGGACAGGAAUGACGGCCGCACGAAAUACGUCCUCCGCGGCGAGGGGGCCGGCUCUGUCUUUGUGAUCGAUGAGAAGACGGGUAACAUCCACGUCACCAAGCCGCUGGACCGCGAGGAGAAGGAUGAGUACCGUCUGAUUGCCACGGCCACCGACAGGCAGACGGACCGUGCCCUUGAGCCGUCUUCGCAAUUCAUAAUUCGGGUGCAGGACAUCAACGACAACCCGCCUGUCUUUGACGAAGGCCCUUACAGCGCCACAGUGCCCGAGAUGGCAAAUAUAGGCACUUCCAUAAUCCAGGUGACAGCGACGGAUGCUGAUGACCCGACUUAUGGGAACAGCGCCCGACUGGUGUACACACUGGUGCAGGGCCAGCAGUACUUCUCUGUUGAUCCCCAGACAGGUAUUCUGCGCACGGCUGUGCCCGACAUGGACAGGGAAACCCAGGACCAGUACUUUGUGGUUCUCCAGGCCAAGGACAUGGGAGGCCAUUUGGGAGGCUUAUCCGGUACCACCACCGUCACCGUGACGCUCUCUGACGUCAACGACAACCCUCCACGCUUCACUCAGAGCAUGUGGUCCUUCUCCGUAUCCGAGCUGGCCGUCCCGGGGGCUGAAAUCGGACGGAUCUCAGCGAGCGACGCCGACCUGGGCGACAACGCCAAGUUGGAAUACACCAUCUUGGAGGGGGAGACCGGCGACACGUUCAACAUCACAGCGGUGAACCAAGAGGCGCUCAUCAUACUAAACAAGGCCGUAGACUAUGAAAGCCGCAGUUCCUACUCUUUCUCUGUGGAGGUUCUGAAUCCCACCGUGGACCCUCGCUUCUUGCGUCGAGGAUCGAUUAAAGACCGCGCUUCCAUCAGAGUAGCGGUGCUGGAUGCAGACGAACCUCCGAGGUUCUCCAGGGCACGAUACCACAUGGACGUUUCCGAAAACUGCCCCCCAGCCUGCACCGUGGGCCGAGUCAGUGCUGUGGACCCAGAUACCGGUCUGACGAAUAACAUCAGGUUCUCCAUUGAUCCUCAGUCAGACCCAGAGGCUCUUUUUCGCAUCACCCCAGACUCUGGCCUCAUCACGACAGCCAUGGAAUUAGACCGGGAACGUGAGCACUGGCACAACAUUACUGUCAUUGCCACCCAGAGAGACAACCCCAGCCAGGUGUCUCGGGUUCUGGUUGCUAUCGAGACGUUAGACCUGAAUGACAAUGCUCCCGAGCUGGACAGGCAAUACACCACGGCCAUGUGCGACUCAUCCACCACUGGAAAGGUGGUGCAGGUGUUGCGGGCGAUUGAUAGAGAUGAAGGAGGGAAUGACAGCACGGUGUAUUUCAGCAUCCCUCCGGAGUCCAGGGCUGCCCUCAACUUCAGUGUCAGGGACAGUGGUGGUCCCACGGCAAGCUUGGUCUUGCUGUCCCAGCUGCAGCCGCUGUCCCGUUCUCCGUCUUCCAGCUUAACGUUUUAUGUGCCACUGGUUCUAAGAGACGGGACAUCGGGUCUCACCAGCACCGGCACCGUCACGGUGUCCGUCUGCCCCUGCCUGAGAGGAGGGGCAAAGACCGGGGAGAGAGAGACGGGCAAACAGGCCGAGGGCGAAUGGGAGCGCGAAAGAGAAGCCGUUUGUCUCCCCCAGCACUCCACGUUGCCCUCGCCUGGCCUCAGCACCGCUGCUCUGCUGGCCAUAUUGGCAUGUGUUGCGACGCUCCUGGCAGUGAGCGCCCUGUCAUUGUCACUGAGGCGUCAGAAGCGCGACUCGCUGUCACCGCUGGAGGACGAUGACGUCCGCGAGAACAUCAUCACGUAUGACGACGAGGGCGGCGGCGAGGCCGACACGGCCGCCUUUGAUAUCGCUGCGCUUCAGAGCGCCCCCCACAGCUCCCGCUCACGCGGCUAUCGCACGCUGGACAGCAGGAACGUACGCUACACCCAACGCGGACAAGAGAAAACCCGCACCUGCAGCUGGGCUCAGAAUCCAGUUGUUGAUCACAACUACUCAGGCCCGGGAGGACCCUUUUAUGGUCGCCUCUGUUACAGCAGCCACACACUACCCGUGCUACGCCGCACACCGGGUGAAACAUUGGAACCAGGUCUGGCAGAGCUUGGAUACCGCUUUCCCGGAGGCCAACCAGACCACUCGUUGGUCAUCCAAAACCAGGGGGCCAUGGUUGGACCCAUGGAGUCGGGGGCCGUGUACAUAACCCCCACAGAUCUCAGUGCGGGGAGCCGAACGGGAAGCCAUGCGGGCAGCCGCGACGGGGCUGCGACCCAGAGUGGCGUGAGCACAUCGGAUGAAGGAACGCCACGGACUAGUGACAGCCAGGAGAAACGAAGAGGGAUGGGAACCUCCAGCAACUGUACUGAGGAGAGCAGCGAAGAAAAACUCAACCACGGUCAUGAUAUGGACUGGUACUUCACCCUACCCAAACCCUGGACUGAAACCACUCGUGCUCACCUACAUCCCAUCCAGGUGCAGUCGGAGACACUGCCAAGGGAGCAUAACCUUGUCCUGACACGAUCCGGCUCCAUGAUUGGCCAAGGUCACGGCGUAGGAGGCUGGGUGUGCGAUUCUGCCACCCUCCCGAUGGCGGGGCGGAAGGCCUCCCGUGCUGGUCUCUCUCCAAAAGGUGCCGAGUCUGAACGCAGCGGAGGAGGCGGAAGCGGAAGUGGGGCAACCUCUACUGAUGGACAACAAAAAGCUAGCAAUGUUCGCAACUACGCCACCGUUUUGCAGGGGGAGGUACGCAGGCAGAAGGAGCCCCACGGCAGUCUGGAGAGGGGAGGACUCGAGCUGGGGAGCAACUUUGUGGUGGCGAGGCCAGAAAGAGAAGGUGGCGGCAUACCACUGACUGGUAGUCCAACUGUCUACCCGGAGUCACCCGGCUUGAUUGGAGACUGGCGUGACCGGGUGGCUUUGGGUGGCUAUGUGUUGGCGAGAAUGGAUAUGACCCCCCAGCUAUUGCCCUUCCCCGGUCAGCCUCGGGGAGCUUACGGGGGAGUGCUGGGCGUUGGCCCCGGUUGGGUUCCUGGUAUUGAAGCGGCCAGAGCAGCACCGGGGACCGGGGCUCCCCCUCUGGCUCUGAGGGUGGGCGAAUUCCUACGUCUACGUCUUGCCCAGGUCACAUUUGACCCCUCGCAACCACCGUAUGACUCGGUGCAGAUCUACGGUCUGGAGGGUACCGGGUCCCGCGCCGGAUCGCUGAGCUCACUUGAGAGUGAAGGAGAGAAGGAUGCAGACAAGGAGGACUGGGGUGCCGGAUUGGAAGAGUGGGGGCCCCGCUUCCACAAGUUAGCUCAGCUCUUCCGAGACCGAGAGAAAGAGAAAGAAGAAAAGGAACAAGUUGAAGAUGGUGCCAAAGAGGAGAAAGAGAAGCCCGAUAAAAGAGGGGGGCAAAGGAAGGAGAGAGGGGUCGAUGUGAAGGGAAAGACUGAGGAAGGAUAAAAGAAGAAAAAUAGGGGUAAAGGGGCGAAAGAGGAAGGGAGGGGAGAGAAUGAUGAAAAGACUACCAGAACCAGACUAAUGUGACGAGAAGUUAAAGGGGAGAAAGAUGAAGAGGCAAAGUAAUAAAAAGAGACAGAGAGAAACGAGCCCAGGGAGGGUGAAGAACGCGAAGGGAAGGGGAGGCAGUGAUUGAUGUAAUUUAAAGCAAUAAGUGUUGAAGCACUGAUAUGGUCAAGCACAGAUACCGAGACAAUGCACAGGAUGCUUCUGCUGGCGGCGACAGCUAUUUGUUCAAACUUUGGACAAAGGAAAAAAAACAACCCAAAUAAACAGUGCACGAUUGAAUCCGCGCAGUGGCAAACCGCGGCGAAAACAGGUUGUCCUUUUAACUCUGUGUUUAGAAGGUCGGGGAGAAAGUAGGAAGAAGCUUGCGAUUGUCUUUUCUGAGCGGACGUAUGUGUGUGUAUGUUAAACAAAGACAAAGGGAUCAAUGCAGAGCGAAAUGUUCAUUCUCGAAAAUAACUGCAAGAUCACUAAAGAAAAGAAAAAUAUACAGUGAUACCUUGACUUUAGAGUUCAGUUUGUUCCCGGACCUCUUCGCUCAAAUCACUCCUAUGUCAAAUCAGCGUUCCCCAUCAAAAGGAACGGAAAUGCCAAUAAUCUGUUCCGGCAGCCCAAAAACAGCCACCAAAACUUGUAACAGGUUUUUCCGAGACCAGGAUUCACUGACUUCUCGUAAGACUCGUAAGUUCAGGUAUCACUGUAUGCUAUUUUGCAGAUACAUUGCCGUGAAUAGAAUAUGAACUGCUUUUCUUGAAGAUUUUUGGUUGGUUUGCAGACCUGGCUGUUGACUAUUAGCCGUGUACUCUCACACAUCCAUGCAUCAGUAAAUACAGUUUCCAAUCAUUUCA